AUGAAACAUAUCAGAAGCAUUUAUGUAUUUUGUAGUAUUGUUACGUCAGUGCAUAGUGGGGCUUCAAAGCUGCCAGAAGAAACAGAAUUGACUACCAACUGCUCCAACAUGUCUUUAAGAAAGGUUCCUGAAGACUUGACCCCAACCACAACCAUACUGGAUUUGUCCUACAACCUCCUUUUUCAACUCCAGCGUUCAGAUUUUCAUUCCUUCUCUAAACUGAAAGUUUUGAUUCUAUGCCGUAACAGAAUUCAAGAGCUGGAUAUCAAGACCUUUGAAUUCAACAAGGAGUUAAGAUAUUUAGAUGUGUCUUACAACAGACUGAAGAGUGUAACUUGGUUCUCACUGGCAGGUCUCAGACAUUUAGAUCUGUCCUUCAAUGACUUUGACACCGUGCCUAUCUGUGAGGAGACUGGCAACAUGUCACACCUGGAAAUCCUAGGUUUGAGUGGGGCAAAAAUACAAAAAUCAGAUUUCCAGAAAAUUGCUCAUUUGCAUCUAAAUACUGUCUUCUUAGGAUUGAGAACUCUUUCUCAUUAUGAAGAAGGUAGCCUGCCCAUCUUAAACACAACAAAACUUCACAUUGUUUUACCAAUGAACACAAAUUUCUGGGUUCUUUUGCAUGAUGGAAUGAAGACUUCAAAAAUAUUAGAAAUUACGAAUAUAGAUGGCAAAAGCCAAUUUGCAAGUUAUGAAACUCAGCAAAAUCUUAUUUUAGAGAAUGCCAAGACAUCCAUUCUGUUACUUAAUAAAGUUGAUUUACUCUGGGAUGAUCUUCUGCUUAUCUUCCAAUUUGUUUGGCAUACAUCAGUAGAAUAUUUCCAGAUUCAACAUGUGACUUUUGGAGGUAAGGUUUAUCUUGACCAUAAUUCAUUUGACUACUCAAAUACUGUAAUGAAAACUAUAAAAUUGGAGAAUGUACAUUUCAGAAUUUUUAAUAUCCCACAGGAGAGAGUCUACUUGCUUUUUACCAAAAUGGAUAUAGAAAACCUGACAAUAUCAGAUGCACAAAUGCCUCACAUGCUGUUCCCUAUAUAUCCUACAAGAUUCCAAUAUUUAAAUUUUGCUAACAAUAUCUUAACAGAUGACGUGUUUAAAAAUUCUAUCCAACUGCCUCAUUUGAAAACUCUCAUUUUGAAGGACAAUAAAUUGGAGACACUUUCCUUAGUGAGUUGCUUUGCCGGCAACACAUCCUUGAGGCACUUAGAUCUGAGCGAAAAUCUGUUACAACAUGAAAAUGAUGAAAAUUGCUUGUGGCCAGAAACCUUGAUCACCAUGAACUUGUCAUCCAACAAAUUUGCUGAUUCUGUUUUCAGGUGCUUGCCCAGAAAUAUUCAAAUACUUGACUUGAAUAAUAACAAAAUUCAAACUGUCCCUAAAGACAUUAUUCACCUGACAUCCUUGCGAGAGUUAAAUCUUGCAUUUAAUUUUCUAACUGAUCUUCCUGGGUGCAGUCAUUUCAGAAGACUCUCAGUUCUGAACAUUGAAAUGAACUUAAUUCUCAGCCCAUCUCUGGAUUUUUUCCAGAGCUGCCAGGAAGUUAAGACUCUAAAUGUAGGAAGAAAUCCAUUCCGGUGUACCUGUGAAUUAAGAGAUUUCAUUCAGCUUGAAAAAUACUCAGAGGGCAUGAUGGUUGGAUGGUCAGAUUCAUACAUCUGUGAAUACCCUUUGAAUCUAAAGGGGACUCAGUUAAAAGAUGUUCAUCUUCCUGAAAUAUCUUGCAACACACCUUUGUUGAUUGUCACCAUUGUGUUUAUCAUGCUAGUUCUGGGGAUGGCUGUGGCCUUCUGCUGCCUCCACUUCGAUCUGCCCUGGUAUCUCAGGAUGCUAGGUCAAUGGACACAGACAUGGCACAGGUUUAGGAAGACAACCCAAGAACAGCUCAAGAGAAAUAUCCAAUUCCAUGUGUUUAUUUCAUACAGUGAACAUGAUUCUGCCUGGGUGAAGCAUGAAUUGAUUCCCAAUGUAGAGAAAGAAGAUGGUUCUGUCCUGAUUUGCCUUCACGAGGGAAACUCUGACCCUGGCAAGAGCAUUACUGAAGAUACCAUAAAAUGCAUUGAGAAAAGUUAUAAGUCCAUCUUUGUUUUGUCUCCCAACUUUGUCCAGACGGAGUGGUGCCAUUAUGAACUCUACUUUGCCCAUCACGAUCUCUUCCAUGAAAGUUCUGAUUACAUAAUUCUUAUCUUACUGGAACCCAUUCCACUCUACUGUAUUCCUACCAGGUAUCCUAAGCUGAAAACUCUCAUGGAAAAGAAAGCAUACUUGGAAUGGCCCAAGGAUAGGCGUAAGUGUGGCCUUUUUUGGGCAAACCUUCGAGCUGCUAUUCGUGUUAAUUUAUUAGAAACCAGAGAGAUGUGUGAACUGCAGACAUUCACAGAACUGAAUGAAGAGUCUCGAGGUUCUGCAAUCUCUCUGAUAAGAACAGACUGCCUAUAG